UCCUCACACACUUCCUGUCUGUCAGUGGCCUGUUGGUGUGCGGGAGCGCAGCAGUGUUUGUGCGCAGCGCAACGCGGUGCAGGCGGAUACCUGCGGCCCGGUGGCGCGCUCUCGUCGCACUGCUCCGUCGUGGCCAGGAUGUGGGUUCGCCUGUUGAACCGCGUGGAUGUGCGCAGGUGGUGAACGAAGCCUUUGGAAUCGUUGGACUUGGCGGACGCGCACAGGCGCACGGAUGCCGGGCGGUGAAACUGCAGGUGAGGCGAGGAAGGCGACGACAGAACCUGAGCGGUGACGAUGCAGCACACGUCGUGUACAGAGGACCGGAUCCAGCACGCUCUGGACAGGUGUCUGGACGGGCUGAGACAGAGCCCCACAGCAGCACACCACUGGAACGUGCUGAUGUGCUCGGCGGGUCAGUCGAUGAACCGCUGGAGCCUGGAGGAGUUGGUGAAGAGAGACCCCGAGAAUUUCCUCAUCCUCUUACAGCAGAUCAUCAUAAAGACCAAAGAGGUUCAGGAGCAGUGUCAGUACGAGCUGGUGGUGCCCCUCGCCAUCAUGUUCUCCUCCACACUGCUUCAGACACCCCACUGUCCUCCGAACACGGAGCUGCUGGAGGAAGCCGUCGAGGUGUUUCGCUGCUUCCUGACCUGGCCGGAGCCGUACUGCAGUGUGUGUAAAAACCUGCUCUCCACACUACAGCUGGAGAUCAAGGCCCCUGGGAUUUCCUUUCAGAGACUGGUGCGACAGGAGCAAGGCCUUAACACCUCAAGCCAGUGCUCCAAGACCUUGACGGUGCUGCUGAUGAACCCGGGCGAGGUGCCCGCUGACUUUCUGUCGGUGGCCGAGCAGCUCAGUCACGUCAAGCACUCGCAGAGGGAGACUUACAUGAACCUGAUCAAACACGCCUUCCAGUCCGCACUAGGCACCAAGUACCCUCUCCACAGUAUCCACAAAGCGCUGCAGGGAAAAACUACGGACGAAUUGCGUGACAUCUUUUCCGUGGUAAGCGACGUCUUAGAGACGGCCGCUGACGCAAGUGACCCUCUGAAGGGGCGCGGCCAUGUGAUCCAGGGCCUGGAGGGACUGAGGGAGAGAAUGAGAAUCCCAGUAUCCAAUGGAAGGAAGUCUGAUGGAAUGCUGCAGACGCUGCCACUGCCUACAGCCAAUUGUUACAUGUUUCACUGGGAAAAAGACAACUUUGAUGUUCUGAACUCCCUUUUGGAGCACGGCCCUGAUGAUCUCACCGCUAAUGGGCAGUCUGAGGAAGAAGAGGAGGUUGACAUCAAUGGAGAGGAUGAUGAGGAUGAUGAUGAGGAUUUGACAGAGAUGGAUGCAGAAGACGAGGUAGAGGAUGAAGAAGACAAAGAGGAGGAGGACCACGGAGUAGAGUUGCCUUCGAUGACUAUCAUCCCCAAUGGGUACAGCAGCAACCACCGUGCCUCCACCUUCUCCACCAUCUCCUCCCUGUCCACCGCCUCCAAAGACUCUAUGUUCUCCACCCUGUCUGUGACCUCAGAGUCCUACGCUCAGUCACUCUUCUCUGUCACUUCUGGCGCUGACAGUGACUACUGCGAGGAUUCCGAUGACUAUCUCUGCUCCUCUCCCGUCAUGGAAAAGUGUUCGCCAAGGUCCACCAAAGCUUCGGUCCGGCUCAGCCAACACUUUUACAAGUUCUUCUCCAAGAGCCCUCGGUCGCUGUGCCGAGCGAAAAGCUUAGGAAACACGGAAUCCAAGGACCUUUUGUUGGUGCGAGAGAAGCGCUCCAACUCUCUACCGCAGCAAGUCAGGUUGCUGAGUCCUGAGCUGCUCCCGCAGCCACAAAGUCAAACUCUGAGACAUGUUUGCUUCCGGAGGAGGCCUAUCCUUAGCAGUGACGAGGACAAUAAGAAUACUACGCUGAGGGUUGUUGUGUUUGGUGCUGAUCAUGUGGCAGGGAAGGUGGCCCGGGCCUAUAAUAGCCUGAGGAGGAAGGAGAGUGCAUGUCCACGUCUCAGCAGGGUCUUCAAGCUCCUGUUCUACUUUGUGCCUGUGAAGAGGGACUCAGCAGGAGGACCCGGGAGUCUGAGGUCCCCAUGUCCCGUGGUUCAAACUGGAUCGCCAAAGGGAUCGGCCCUGUCGAGUAGUCCUCACCUCACAGGGGAUAGUACGAAUGACAUAGCCCAUCUCCUCGGUAUGUUGGACCCUUGGUACGAAAGAAACACCCUCAGCCUCCUUAACUUGCCUGCCAACGUUGUCUGCCAGCAAACCUCAAAGACAGAGUCAGAGUCCUAUGAUGGUUCAUAUGAGCAUCGUCUACCCAUCCUUGCCGACUUGGUCCUGUAUUACUGCCGCUUUGCUGCCCGGCCUACGCUGAUCCAGCUCUAUCAGGCCGAGUUGACGUUAGCCUGUGGCGAGAGGAGGACUGAGGUGUUCGUCCACUCCUUAGAGUUGGGUCACACCGCAGGAACACGAGCCAUCAAAGCAAUGGGUGCUGCAAGUAAACGGUUCGGUAUUGACGGUGACAGAGAAGCGGUGCCUCUAAUGUUGGAGGUGGUGUACAACAGGGUGGUUAUUAGUGGAAGAAGCCAGUGGAAAAGGGAAACAAAAGUCUGUACUUCAGUGAACUUGACCAAAGCCUGCAAGAACCCGGAGGAACUAGAUUCAAAGAUGGAGUGCCUGCAGCUCAUGAUGACUGAGGUCCUGAAGAGACAGAACGCCAAAAGCAAGAAGGGUUUUAACCAGCAGCUGAACGUGAUGGAGGUGAAGGUGGACAAGGUGCAGGUCAGCGGUGCUGGAAACACAACCUUCGCUGUGUGUCUGGACCAGGAUGAGAAGAAGAUUCUACAGACUGUCACCAGGUGUGAAAUAUCAGUGUGCUUUAAACCUGACAGCUCCACUGACUGGAGACUAACAGAAUCCGGGACGUCGGCCCAAAUCCAGCCUCUCCACCCCACCUUCUGCUCCCUCCUCUGCCUGCCCAUAGUCACUUUCAGUGGGGCUCUUCCCUGAGCCCGUUGACCACUGGUGUGGGUGGAUUGAAAGAUUCUGUGCACAUGCUCUGAAUGACAGAUGCCGCCCGCAGAGGAGAAGUGCACAGAAUGACACAGUUUUAUCAUUUCUGCCUGUUUUUUUCUUAAAGCUGUUGCGACCCCUGUUCACACGGCGGUGGCCUCACACAGCGGUGGGACACAACUGUUGGAAACUGGUGGACGUGAGCAGGAGGGGUCUUGAUGCAGACACAUAUCGACAGACCCAAGAAACAAAGAAUGUCUCUGGGCACAAUAGCUUCAAUGAGGCCGAGUCAAAAUUUUUGUGUACUAGACAAUUAUUGACUAUUUUUCAGGGAAUCAUUCAAAGUUUCAGGGGUCAGGUUUUGGUUCCUCUUUUUUACUUUUGGCAGAGAAGUGACCUUAACCACGUGAACAUUACAAUGUGCUUUGGUCAAACAGGGUGAAUCUACAGAGUCUCAGGUGGGAUGGCACUCGAAGAGAAAUAUGCCGUGGCAAUUCUGGGUCCUACAGAGAGACAGACUAUACAAUAUUCUGGGAUCAUCUUAGAGUCAAAGUAUGAGAACUUUUCUCUAGAUCAACCCACAUGGACAUAGAGGACCAUGGGACAUUUUUGCACCUGCUGACAAGACCAGACUACGUCACUAUGGCUGAGAGUGGACACUAUGCAUCUUAACAAUAAUCAUGUUUGUAUAAUAGUGAAUGUCACACCAUGUUUUUUUUUAUGUUUAUUAUAUACUGUAUGGGCUUUUAAUUUCUCCUGAGGAGUUACUCAUGUCACUGUCUUGACUGGUGUUCUGAAUAUGACCAGCAGGGGGCUGUGUUGGCAUUCCCUUUGAUUUCAAUAGAUUAACCCAGAGUUGGUGCAAGUAAUGGCUGUAAAGUAGCUUAUGCAUAAACCAUAUUUUAACGAUAACAUUCGUUUCAUCAGGGGCACAGAUGGAAAAUGUAGAUUUUAAAAACAUGGUGCUAAAAAUUACACCUGAAUGCACAUUUUUCUUUUCUUUUUUUAAACGAUGACAUUUUUUAAACUGUUUUGUUGCUGUAACGGGAUAAUACCCUGAUUACUAUGACUCAUAGUGAAUUAGUAGCACUGCAUAUACUUUUCUGUAAUGGAAUCAAAGCACUUGAACAUUAGAUUAAAUGAAUUAGGUACUAAAAUGCUAGGACAGACGCCUGUCCUCUACUCUCAUUACAUGCCUUCUCCGAUGAAAUAUCGAAAAAUGCAAUAUAUUUGUUUUUAUAAAUGUAUGUAUAUCGUCCAUGCAGUGGAGGCAAUUCAAAUUCAGUGAUCAUUAAAAUAUAUGUCUUCAAUUGCA